AUGGUUACCUCUUCGAAGAAAAAAGUAACAGAAGCUGUCCCGAACACUUUUUUGUUCAUAAUCGACGCUGCUGAAAGUAAAACUAGUGGCGACUCGGAGGGCAGCAGCGCGAAUACUACCUAUAAAACGAUACCACCAGACGGAAAUGAAGAAAGCGAAGUGGAUGGAGAACUUCCCGAAAACACAGCGAGUGUUACGGCAGUGAUUAACGGUACGAUCGAGCAUACAACGUCGAUACAACGUCUCUUCUCUGCACAUUCACACCCAGUGACGCAAGCAACAACGCUGUCGACGACAGUCCACACUGAUGGAAGCAGUAGCGCCACAGCCGGUACAGCUACACUAGCAAGUGAUGUCACCACCUCUAUCAGUUCUACCUAUUCGUUAAGGAUCCAUCGCACAAGGCCUGGUGUGGAAACAUACCAUUAUUAUGAUGGAUAUACCGAUUCUACUGAUACGCACCCAUCACAAUUCCAACGAAGGACGAGUGGAGUUGAAACCACAUAUUAUCACGACACAAAAACCCACCUACCGGAUGGCACGACUACAUUGGUGGAGGAUAUUGGAAGGUCUACUUCCCCUACGUAUUUAUCUCAAAUUAAAACUUUUACAGAACCACACAAUGCACUAGGAGUAACAUCUGCUAUAGUUCCUGAAAACACUGACUUUACUUCCACGUAUUCAUCAGAACUCCAGAGAAGAUCCAGUAGAGUGGGAACCUCUUACUAUUACGGAAGAAAAACCCACUUUUCACCUAGCACAUCUACAGUAACAGAAGAUAUUGGGAGGUCGACUGCUACUACUCACGAAACCCAAAUUAGAACCUCAACAAAGCCAUACAAUGCACCAGAAGAGACCCUAGCUACAGUUUCAAAUUCUGCUGCUGCUAACGGUUCAUCUAGUGCUCCUAGGACAGAAGAUAACGACUCUGGCUACACUGCUUCAGAAGUAACAUCAGCUCCUGCUACUAGUUAUACUAGAGGAAGAACGAAAGCUUUGUUUAGUAGUGCCAAAACAAUAGAAGAAGAGAGCGGUUCCGCGAAAGUUACGUAUGCUCCCAGAACUCAACAAAGAACCUCUCCAAAAUUGGCUUCAACUGCACCAUUCACCGCCACUUCUUCAACGCACUUCCUAGGAACUCAACCAAUAACGUCUGCACAGCCACACACCACUCUAGAAAUAACAUCGGUUACAGCUCUUAGUCAUUCAGGAAGAAGUAUUAAUGUUUUAUCAGGCGUAACAACCGCAGAGAAAGAUGUUGAUAGCACUUCUACACAUUCGCAAAAAACUCAGUCAUCAGCAGUUGAAAACGGAAGUUUCACUGCCUCGAACAAGAACACUGCUCUACCAAGUAGUACCAGUAGUGGCAGAGCAACAGAAGAAAAGGGUAUUUCCGCGAAAUUUACGCAUGAUCCGAGAACUCAACAAGGAACCUCUUCGAAAAUGACUUCAUCUACACCAUUCACUUAUCCUGAACGAAGUGCUAGAACUUAUUUAGACAAAAGCACCUGGGACGUGGAAGAUCUCAGUUCUGCCACUUCUUCAAUGCACUUCCUGAGAACUCAAUCAAGAAUCUCUACACUACCAUUCAUCACUCCAGAAUUAACGUCAGUUACAGUUCCUAGUUAUUCGGGAGGAAGUACCAGUGUUUUACCUAGCACUACAACCGCAGGUAACGAUGACGAUAGCACUUCUACACAUUCACUAAAAAUCCAGUCGCCAGCAGGUGAAUAUGGAGGUUUCACUGUCUCCAACAAGAACACAGGUUUGUUAAGCAGUAGCAGGAGGAAGAGCAGUGAAGCUCCGGUUAGCAGUACCGAAAAUAUGAAAGAUAAUUGGAGAACUCCUUCUUCUACAACGCAUACUUUAACGACUCUGAAGGUAGCCUCCACAUUAUUGCACACUUACAAGGAACUACCGUCAAAAAUGGAUUUGAAUACUCACAAAACAGUCACCGGCGAAUCGUCCAGCAGCAACAGCUACGCAACAGAGUUCGAAUACCCUACCUCUUUCUUCAGCAUUUACUCGAAGAGAACUACGUUGCCACAUAGUAAUCCAAAAGAUGCGCCAGCGACGCAUUCUAGUAGUUCUCAUACAAGUAACAGGGGUGUAGCUACCACUACAAUCUCAGGUGCAGUUAGGAGUACCACUAGUUCCACACAUACUCCAGAAAUUCAGCGGACAGCUGAGUCUCCAAACACAAAGGAAAGAACGCUGCUCACAACCUCACCUCUUUUCGCUGAAACUGCUCGAGGUACUAGUUCGAAAAGUGAUUUCAGCGCUACUCCCUUUUCUUUCAUGACCUCGCAAGGAACAAUUCAGUCAACUAAAAGUUCCGAAAGUUCAUCUUCCGCUUCAAUUUCUACUACAUUCACCUCAACAAUACCAGAAAACACAAAGCUCAUUCACCAUUCAAGUGCUCAUGAUCAAGUUCAUGAAAAUAUUUCGGAUGAAGAAACAACGACAAGGGUAACAGGUGUACUCACAACUAAAAACACAGUAACACCUUUGACAACCUUGUCUUUAAUGACAUCAGCGAAUAAAAAGCAAGUCGACGAACUUUCGCUAAACACUUCGGCUACAAGCUCUACAGUAGAAACCUCACAAAUGGGACGGAACACCCGGAAACGAAGACAACAUCGUACAGUUUAA